CUGCGCCUGCCUUUUCGUUUCCUUUCUCCCCCCCUUUUCUCUUUUCCAGAACAUAAAGAACACAGAGAACUCAUCCCGUUGAUACGGAGCGCGUCCUCUCCAUUCACCAUUCGGUGCCAAACAAGCAGUCAGGUUCCCAGUCAACACAAGAGAAAGCUAAGGAGUCUCGCUUUGUGUCCUGCACAGGAGCUGCUUUUUGCAACCAGUGCUUUGGAUGGAGUUGUCAACUUGUGGCAAAUUCAGGCUAACGGUCGACAUUCUGCCUCUCUGCUCAGUACUUCUGAUUGUGCUUCACUACGGGAGAGAAGAUGGCCUGAAGAUGUAGCUUGGCAUCCUCAGGGACACAGACUGUUUUGUGCAUACACUGCUGAUGGUGAGGACUCUCAAGUCUCAAUACUAAAUCUCAAUAGAACAAAAGAGAGAGUUUGCGUAUCUUUCGUGGAAGCUAAGCCACACCAGAAGGGAAUUAUCAAUGGCAUUCGCUUUAUGCCUUGGGCAGAUAAUUGCUUUGUCACUGGUGGCUGUGAUCAUGCUGUCGUACUGUGGAAUGAGGAGGAGGAGGGCGACGAUAGCAAGUGGAAACCAAAGGCUUUGCACAGGAAUCUGCAUUCCUCUGCUGGAAUGGGGGUUGCUGGAAUGCAGCAAAAGCAGGUUGUACUGUCACCUGGGGCUGACAAGAAAAUUGUCGGGUUUGAUGGGCAGACUGGGAGGCCGCAAUUUAGGCAUCAAUUAGAAAGCAAGUGCAUGAGCGUACUGCCAAACCCAUGCGACUUUAAUUUGUUCAUGGUUCAAACCGGGACUCCCGGGACGCAGCUGCGGCUGUUUGACGUGAGAUUGAGGCAGACUGAGCUGCAUGCAUUUGGAUGGAAGCAAGAGAGUAGCGAAACACAAUCUGCUUUAAUAAAUCAAGCUUGGUCUCCCGAUGGCUUUCUCAUAACAUCUGGCUCGGCUGAUCCCAUCAUACAUGUCUUUGAUAUCAGGUACAAUGGAAGCAGGCCUUCGCAGUCUAUUAAAGCUCACCAAAAACGUGUCUUUACAGCCGUCUGGCACCAAUAUCUUCCUCUACUCAUAUCCAUCUCUUCUGACUUGAAUAUUGGUAUCCAUAAGAUCACCUCAUGAGUUUGGAAUGAAACAGCCGUCCAUUCGUCA